UUCCAUUCGGUAGGCCAGUACAUGACCGAGCACGCCUGUGUGGACGUUUUCUAACUUCACUGUCGCAAUUAGUGACAUAUAAGAUGCUUAUGGAUAUUUUUUAUGACUCUAAAAAAUUUGAAAUAUCUGACUUAUUUCGUCUGUUUUCCUGUUUUUUGUUGCGUUCGAAAUGAACCGCGAGGUGUGUCCAUUCUGUGGGAAUUCGUACAAAAGGUUAAAGAGCCAUCUUCCCCACUGCAAGGCAGCACCCAAGCCGCCAUUAACCCCUGAUGACCCUGCGGCAUCACAAACAGCCAACAGGCUGGAUGCAGGCUUGCCUCCCAAAAAGUCAUCAACACUCAAAAAGAAAGAGGUGCCCAAGAAAAGUGUAAAGUCACCACCACCUUCAUCGUCGUCUCUUAAGAAGCAAAAGUUGUCUGAAGAAAAGCAAAUGUCCCGAGUUUCCUUGUCGCCAUCUCCUUCUUCCUCUUCUAGACCGAAGAAGAGCAACCGUGCUUCCAUCCAAGCAGCAAAACCAAACCAGUUUUCAUUUCUACAAAGCGAUCCUCAGAGAUCCACACCCAGCAAGUCUGCAUACAAACCAGAUAUUCCAUCCACUAAAAAGAAACCAUCUCAAAUCCAAAGUAUGUCUCCUGCAGCAGUAGAAAGAGUGGACCUGUGGAGGAAAGAGAUGCUGCAGGAAGCAGGAAGUGGGGACAGUCCGUCCAGGAUUACACUGCAGCAUGUUGGGAGCAUUCAGACCCAAACACACCGUCCAGGUGUACAAAGGUGUCAUGCUCAUGGCGGCACGUUACCACCAAAGGCGCUAGCAGCAUCUAACCAAGCACCUUCCGGGUCCACACUAAGCUCUCGUAAGGCCACUCCUCUCCCAGACCACCAGGCCACGCCCCCUCCACACACAGUCGACAGCCUCAUAUCGGGCCUUCGUCACAGAGCACAACUCCCCUCUGCCUUUUUGGACCACCAUCAAGAGCCAUCAAGAGCUGAAGUUGCGUUAAAGACCCAAAGGACGACGGACAGUUGCUCAGGGCGUGGCUUGGGUCAAGUGACGCUGAGGGAGCUUCCUGGGUGGCUGGCCGUCAGGACCCCUCGCCACCCGAGGGAUGUGGUGGAAAUGAUGCAGACAGGCUGGGGCUGGUACUACAGGAGGUACAUUGGCGUGAGGAAAGGCAGUAUCGGUGGCGUGGGCAUGCUGUUGGCAGGGUACUGUGUGCUGAGCUACAUCUGGUCGUACCCUCGUCUCAAGCGUGAUUGCUGGAGGAAGUACCACUAAGAUGACAUCUUGCUCUUCUGAAUAGUUUGUAGUAUUUCUUUCAAUAGGGCAUGACCUUCCGUUAUUCAUUUAGUGACUUAUAUUGCCUUGAUUAUAGAACGUGUAGGACCACAGUCCGCCACUGGGUGUCCCUGCUGCUUCUAAGAGGAUUCAAAGGUAGCAAGGUGAUGAGGUCACACCUGACGACCCAAAUUCAAAGUAUCCCGGAGGGACUUCUAUGGACGUCGGGCGUGCAUCAUACGAUGGCAGGCAGGCUGUGGUCCUUGAUCGGUGUGAGGGCACAUACACAAGCCUGCCUCUUUGCAAAAUGAAUUUAUUGUUGCUGUUUGAGCUACAAAUGAGCAAAUGACAACAUACAAAAAUGAGAAAUAUUUGGGAUUCUUGGAGUGAUUUCUAGAAAACAAACUAUCCAGAACAGACAAAAGCAGUAAAGCAGGAAGGAAUGACAAGCCAAACUAACAAAGCAGAGCUUUUAGGAUGACUUUCCUUGCUAAUAAAUUGAAAGGAACCACAUGAUUUUGUCAAGGCCUUGACUGAGCACACCAGUUUAAAAAAAAAGGCAUUGACCACCAACAAAGCCAAGAAAAGAAGUGCGCAACAUUCACUUCUUUGUGGUUUGAUAUGUUGUGGUAGUUGUAUCGACGUCAUGCUUUGUUUUGGUUGUGCUGCUGAGAAGGUUAGUGGGCAGUUCCAAGACCAGACUGCAUAGAUCAACAAUAUAGACGGACAUGCAGAAGGCAGACAGUUACAAUCAAUUCACGCUUUUUCCAACAAAAACAUCCACUAAUAAAACUGC